CAGAGGAGAGAGAAAGGGGGUACAAUUAUCAGUAAAUCUAACACAAUAUAGAGAAAAAAAGAUAGUCUCCAUGAAUACGAGCUCCAUUCCAAACGUUUAUGAAGACUAUGGCGAUGUUCGGAGGGAAUUUGCCGUUUAGGAAUCAUCGCCGGCGAUGACCGGGAGAAAAGAGAGAGAAAGGGGUUAAGUAAACCCUAAGAGAGAGAAUAAUUAGUAUCAACAAUCUUAAUUACUAAUUAAUUUUUUAAAAAAGUUUCUGAUUAUUUCAUUUUCUGAUUUACGUAAAUAACAAAAUCUAAUUUUAAACUUGAUUUUUAACAUUUUGGAAAAUUAUAUAAUUGAGUUUUGGAAAUUACAAAAUAUAGGAAGUUUUUUUUUUUUUUUUUUUUUUUUUUUUGGUGGCCAUGAGGAUGAUACCUCAUUGGGCCCACUUUUGGCCUAUGGUGAUCAAAAACAAUUUGAUCACCCUAGAACUCGGGAAAUAAUUUUGGCACAUCUUAAUGUGAGAGCGCAACUUUCUAUGCUCUUCUCAUAUAGGGGUGUGCCAAAAUCAAUUAAGGAUGUGCCAAAAUCAAUUUCCUAAAACUCCUCUUUGACAACUCUACCCUCCCGCCCUAGUACACAAGGUCUAGCUGUAUUACAUCACAUAAGACUUCACAGAAUGCUUCAAAGGGACACAAUCUUACAUCUUACGUCUUUCUCUCUCCUUGAAGAAGUAUGUAUACUACUAGUAGUAACUAGGUCCCACACCGAACCCUUUAAAACGCUUCACCCUUUCUUCAGCGCCAAAAACCAAACCCCCUCUUCUCUUUCUCUCUCCUCCCUUCUCCGCUCCACCUUGGCUUUCGUACACUCAUGCUCACUCCUCUUUCUUCUUCUUCCUCUUUCAAUUUCUUCCGAUUUCUUUGAUUUUCUGAGGCAUGGCAAAUCGUGAUCAAAAUCAAAGGCAAGAUGAUUAUGAGGGUUUUAUUAGUGUACCUCAGUUGCAGAAUGAUAAUCCUCAAGAAGCUUUGCCUGCUAAUGAUAGUGGCACUGGUGGCCCUAAUCCCUUCACUUUUACCCCACUCCAAUCUUCUCCUUUGCCUGCAAGGAAUCUUUAUGGAUACCAAGGAAAUUUACCCAGAGCCUCUGUAAAUGAUUUGAAUAUAGGUACUAAUGUAGAUGAAAAUCCAAUGAAUAUACCUAUUAACCAAAAUAUAAUUGUUAUAGAUGAUAAUCCCAUUCUAGACAAUCAGGGUUUCAGUUUUCCUAGUGUAGGCAUGGUUUCGAUGAGUUCUGGAUAUCAUAUUCCUAACAAUGUGAUGACCUCUUAUCAUGGCAUGAGUAGGGUACCUCAAUUUGAGUAUGUUGGUAUCAUUGACAGAAAUUCCAUUAAUGCUGUUAAUCGUGGGGUUGGAAACUUCCACCUGGAUGCAGAAACACAAAACAGCAUCAGACAGCCAACAGGGCACUAUAGAAAUGUUACUAAUUUCAGUGAAAGUGCAGCUCAGGUCAACCAAAUUACUGUCCCAAGAGUGUAUGAUAACCAAGUUAGAGCUAAUAUGUCUCAACCUAACAGAUUGGACAGACUUGAUGGAAGAUUUUUGUCACUUGGCAAUGUUGCUUCUUACGUGAACUCCAACACUUAUGGUGAGAGAGCCAUUCAUAUGAGUGAGACACCCCUUUCUUCGCAAGGUCAAUCACCUUAUAAUUCCUUUAACAAUGUGCGGGGCUUGGCAGGGUUUCAGAAUAAUGCAGAUGGUCUUGUGACGACAUGGGAUUCUUCAGGCAAUCAAAACAUUUCUGGUGGUGGUAGUUCGCAAUUAAUGAAUUCUAGGCAUGAUAUGAAUCCAACUUCCAACCUCUAUGGAGGGCCGGUGACCAUGCACCAUUAUAUUCCCACUCCAAGCGGCAGAACCUCAGAAGCUGGAAAUGAAUCUGGCUCAAGUAUGUAUUCAAGUGAUCCUUCUGAUUGCUCUAGAGCUGAUCAACGCGUGCUUACCAAUAACUCCAGUCAUAAUCAAGGAUUGGCCAAGAACGUAAAAAGAAGGAUGCAAGGAGUCCCAUUCAACUCCACUAUUCUGAGAAGUAAUCACCAAAUUGCUACUGAUCCACCACAGAAUGCAUAUCUAACUACCAACCUCAUACCACCUUCUUCCGGGAUAGGAGAAUCUGAUAGCCAUGACAAGUCAGGCCUUGCACUUGGAUCCUGUGCAACUAGUUCUGCUGUUCAGCCUAUUGGAGACGAUCUUGUCCCCCGGUCCAGUAGGUUUCUUUCUGCUGGUAUGCCUGCCCGUCAGUUUUCCAGUGGGCUUCUUCCAGCAGGAAAAAAUUAUCCACCUUACACUGGGCAUGGUCUGCAUUCCACAGGUCAAACAGCUGACUUCACAGUGAAAAAUGAACAUCACCAGGCUUCUACAGCUGUCACUAGAGAUUCUCUCAAACGAAACUUAAAUUUUCCUCCCCGGGCUUGAAUACAUGAUCAGCGCAGGAAAAUCAUGCCUCAAACAUCAGUGCAACAAUUUUCACCAGAUCUACUGCAGAAUGCUCUGGGGCAAAUUGCUACAACUGGCCAUUCUAUGCCAGCCUACUACCGCUGUGAACUCCUCUAAUAUCCCUAGUGCUAUACAGAGGGAUUUUGCUGCUUGGGAUUGUACCAGGAAUAUUACAUCUAUUUCUCCUGAAACAAAGACUGAUGGAGCCUCUAAUACAGCGAGGGUCACACAGAAUUUUGCAACUUCUGCAGCUACUCAUAGUUCUGCUGAGGUGUCUUUUGAUAUCCCCAGUUCAAUGACAAGCUCUGCAGCUGCCCCUUCAAAGACUUCCACUGCUGCUAUGGUUGCAGCUGAAAGUCCUACUUUUGCAUCACCACCCAUGGAUGCACCAUCAACCCCUUUAGCUAGGACAAUAGAGAACCGCUCUGGCUCAGCAAGAGUUCCAAUCCCAGCAACUAAUUCACAGAGAGUUGCAUCAGCAGCUUUAUCUUCUUCUGGACGUAAAGCGGCUGCUUUGGCUGCUCUUCGGAAGAUUCAUUUGCUCCAGACCAACUCAAAUAUGACUCGUCAAUCUCUGAGUGACUGGAAAAAGUCUCUGCCUGCCUUGGCUGCCUUAGCAAAGGCAGCUCCAGGUUACAGAGCAUCACAAGUUCCAAGUUCAAUGCCUCAUAUAAAGUUUCAAGGUUUUGAUCUUCCUCCAACAGUUGGAUUCAAGUGUCUUUUGUGCAAGAGAGACUUAUCAUUUGCACCUGAAGGCCCUAUUUCACAACCGCCUAUUCCACCAACUGUAGCUGCUCUACCUUGCGGCCACACCUUUCAUGACCAUUGUUUGCAGCUUAUUACUCCAGAAGAUCAGUCAAAAAAUCCACCUUGCAUUCCUUGUGCCAUGGGUGAGACAUGAAUGUCUUCCCAAUUACUACUAAUCAAUCCUCAACUUUUGCCGUAGUUAAAGUAGACAUAGCUCUAUUUCGAGGAUGUAUUUUGAUUAAUUAGUCGGUUGAUAAUGAAAACAUAUGGGAUUCUUGGUAGCGUAUAUAGCUGAAAUAGAGAUUAUGCAGUCUCUUUUUUGGGUCACUAAUUGAGAAGAUUAGAAGAAAUGUACUGUAUAUGUAUCCGAAGAACAAAUCGGAAAAAAUCACUGACAUUGCAGUGUACAUAUAUGUGAACACAUGUUCUUUCAAAAAAAAAAAAAAAAAAAUGAACACACAUGUAAUCAUGUAGCUCUGCUUUUGAACGCAAAUCUGAAGCUAACAAUUGACUGAAUAAAGAUUUUGAUG